UCGGAUCUGCUGGUGAAAUACACACGUCAGGAGCUGUUACCUAAGCGAGGGGGAACUGUCAGCGCAAGCACAGGGAGAGAGAGUGGGGGGAACAGAGGCAGAGGGAGGAAAAAAGGGCGAGAGAAGACAGCCGGGAGCACUUCUUUUCCCCCGCAGCCCCUCAAGUGUCGUCCUUAUAAUCGCCCUUUUCCCUCCUCCCUCCUUACAAAAAGAGGAGAUCUGUGAGCAGUGCUGAGCAGGAGGAGAACCGUAUCGCCGUUUCAGCUGGGGAGCCCGGGUAAAGUCAGCGGAGCUCUGUUCGCCGCCGGAAACGCUCGAAACGUCCCUCGCUCAAGAUGAUGAUGUAUCUGUGGGGUAAUCAGGACGCCACAGCUGCCCCUGAACCGAUGGCUCAGCCCUACGCCUCUGCCCAGUUCGCAGCCCCUCAGAACGGAAUUCCCGCUGAGUACAGCGCGCCGCACCCCCACUCCGCCCCCGAAUACACAGGCCAGACCACAGUUCCCGAACACACGCUAAACAUGUACCCCCCAGCGCAGACGCACAGCGAACAGAGCGGAGCCGACACAAACGUACAGACGGUCUCCGGCACAGCCACGCAGACAGACGAUGCAGCACAAACGGACGGCCAGCAGCAGACGCAGUCGUCCGAAAGCACGGAGAACAAGACGCAGCCCAAGCGGCUGCACGUCUCCAACAUCCCCUUCAGGUUCCGCGACCCCGACCUCAGGCAAAUGUUUGGCCAAUUUGGCAAAAUCUUAGACGUUGAAAUAAUUUUUAAUGAGCGAGGAUCUAAGGGAUUUGGUUUCGUAACUUUCGAAAAUAGUGCUGAUGCGGACAGGGCGAGGGAGAAAUUACACGGCACGGUGGUUGAAGGCCGUAAAAUAGAGGUGAAUAACGCAACAGCACGGGUAAUGACAAACAAAAAGACUGUCAAUCCCUAUGCAAACGGCUGGAAGUUGAAUCCGGUCGUGGGUGCAGUGUACAGCCCAGAGUUCUAUGCAGUGCCGGGCUUCCCAUAUCCGGCGGCGACGGCGGCCGCAGCCUACAGAGGUGCCCAUCUGAGGGGUCGAGGACGCACUGUGUACAACACGUUUCGGGCGGCGGCACCCCCUCCCCCCAUCCCCGCCUACGGAGGUGUUGUAUACCAGGAUGGAUUUUAUGGUGCAGACAUUUAUGGUGGUUACACAGCCUACAGAUAUGCCCAGCCUGCAGCUGCUACCGCUGCCGCCUAUAGUGACAGUUACGGACGAGUUUAUGCUGCCGACCCCUAUCACCACACCCUUACUCCAGCCACCUACAGCAUUGGUGCCAUGAAUGCUUUUGCACCAUUGACUGAUGCCAAGACUAGGAACCACGCGGAUGAUGUCGGCCUCGUUCUUUCUUCGUUGCAGGCUAGUAUAUAUCGAGGGGGAUACAGUCGUUUUGCGCCAUACUAAAUGAAGAAACGUAUAUGUAUGUAUGAACAUAUAUGUAUAUAUACAACAAACCUUCCAGUUGGGACAUAAAGAGAAGUUUUUUGAGGCCUGGGUAUUGCAAUACAUGCAGCUGUGCAUCAUUUUAGCGUCUCUAAGGAGAGAGGAAAAUAACUGAUAUUUUUCAUCUUAUACCUCAGAUAUUUUGUUCAGUGUAUUUUAAUAUUGUGGAUUUUAAUUUCUAAAGGUUACAUAGAUUGUUGGCUGUAGAGGUUUCCGUGGUGAUCUAGAAAGCUGCUAGAUAUUAAAAAAAAAAAAAAAAAAGAAAGAAAAACCUAAAUUCAAAUUAUUAGGGCCACAAUCAAGUGUGCUUUAUCAUGUAAAUUAUGUAUUAUAAAUAUUAAGUCCUUUGGAGUUAUCACAUUUUGUAUAUGUGUAAGUGACUAUAACGGUCAUGUUGAUUUUGAUUUUUUUGUUUUUUUUUCUUUUUUCAUUGCCUUUGAUAAUAUAUUUUGGGCCGUCUAUGGAAUCACAAAGGGAACGGGACCGGGAUGAUGUCAUGGAGUGGGCGGGGAGGGGGGGUGGGGUGCUGGUGACAGGAUGAAGGUCCAACGGAAGCUGAGCUGCGGGUUGAGAAUACCACUGUAUUGGUUGUAUUAGUCGUCUUAUAUUAUUCAUUACUCAAAGCCAAAGGUUAUGUUCCUGGGGUGUUUGACUUGUACAUUCAGAUUUUUUGCAUAGAGAACUGUCUCAGAAAACCCCCGAAGAUAUUCAUCCAGACAGUAUUUUACUGUUUAACCCUUAUCUAGUUCUAUAGUCUGAUCCUCACUAGUUUAGGCCAUUAAAGAAAGUGUUCUUUUUAUAUUAAUUCCAGUAUAUAAAUUGAUAUUAUUGCUGACUUUUAUAUUAUGGGAGAAAAAAUACAAAUAAGAUGAUAAAACCACUGUU